AUGGCUGGGCCACCUGCAUACCCCGCUGAUUCGCACCCCAGCUCGCCUCCCUCGCCUCCAUCCGUGUCGUCGCAGUCAAACGUAGCAUUCACCCCGAGCGCAACAUCAGUUGCCGACUCUUCUGACAAUGAAUUCGAGCCGACGCCUGUCCACAGCCCUGGCGGCCCACAAUACGAGGAUUUGCCCCCUUCUUAUGAGGACGCUAGGCACCAGGCCGUCCACGACGCACGCAAUGGCAUUGCCCCCAUAGACCCCAAUCAAAUCGAAGCCCACCGUAUCACGCUCAGCCAAGGACCCAGUGAUCCUGAGAUCUGGGAAUACAGAGUGAGAGGAGAGCAGACGGACCCUGCAAGCGAGCAAGAACACGCGCCAGACUAUGCAAAUCACACGAGCGACAAGGCCACCAGUGUCCCCGUCCAACAUGUCAGCUCUGUCGAGAGCAUCCCGGUUGGACGCAUGAGGAGCGAACUCACUCCGCCCUCAACAACGUCUGGCUUGGCAUCCACCCUGCUUAGCCAGGCGUUGGAAUUUACUCGCCAUCCAACCCAUGCUGCUCCACGGCACUCGCCACACCUGAAUCGCAUCAUUGCCAUCCCUGGCGAAGGAGGCACCGAUCGGCCUGCUGGAGAAUACGAGCAGUUUCUGUGCGCAUACACCCAAACGCUGCAUGGUCAUGCCGUUGAGCCAGACCAGUUCUUGGACUUCUUGCGCGGCCUCAACGUCUUGCUCAGAUCGACCAACACGACAGCCAAUGACCUACUACAGGAAUUAUCCGGCGGAAUGGAGUCCUCCAGUCUUGUUAGUCAGUAUAUCAGAGGGGCCAACGAGGCUUUUUUUGCUCCACGGGGCCUGAGGGUAUCAUUCCGUAGUGAAGCAGCAAUUCUUGCAGCUCUGCCUCUCCCUACAGGACCGGGGCAACGGGAUGCAAUUGCUAAUCGUCUUGUGGAAGAACCUAGAUCUGCUGCUAUACGUGCCCAACGGUUCACUCCGUGGAUUGAACCGCUCAAUAUCGAGAAGCUGCCAGCGCCGGGUGAGCACAUGCACAGGCUGCACGAGUUGGGCGAACGCUUUGCUGGUCGGACUCCAUCUGCCUAUGCAGUGCCUCGUUUCAGCGACAACACCUCUUCACAAAGUGGAGGGUCCCGUGCCACAAGCACGUACGAAAAUCCCCCUCAUUCAGUUCCAACACCUUCCGAGGAAACUCAAUACGGACAUGGCCAACAGAGUGGAUUUCAAAGAGGAAAUUGGUCGCCAUUUGGUGCACCAGGUUUUGGACCAUUUGGACCACCUGGGAAUGGGCCUUUUGGCCCAGCAGGCUAUGGUCCGUUCGGCGCCCCUGGAAAUGGUCCUUUUGGAGGUCCAGGUAGGGGACCUUUCGGAGGUCCAGGUAGAGGGCCGUUCGGAGCCGCUGGCAAUGGCCCAUUUGGCAGGCGUGGACGCGGAUGUGGUGCUCCAGGGCCUUCACGACAGGGAGACUACUCUGUUGGAAAAGAAUGGGCCGAUGUCGGCAAAGAGAUUGGGAAGAUUGGCGAAGAGUUUGGAAAAAUGAUUGGUGAUUUGGGUAUGCAAUUUGGUCAGCAGGCGAAUAGGCUGGGCAUGAACGUACAACGCGCGACGAGCGGUAGUGGCUCCCAGCAGCAAAGUGCUCCUCGAACCAAUAGCUACCGACAGCCAACAGAGGAUCUACCACCCUCAUACGAGCCUGCAUCCGGCCAAGAGAGUGGGGUUCUGCGGGGUGACCAUAAGAUACAACCCGACUACACAGCGUCAAAGACAGAAAAGGGCAAGAACAAAGCCAGAGACAUGGACGAUGAUGAUGAUGACGACGCGUCUUCAACCUCGUCCGAAAGCUCUGAUUCUGAUUCAGAUAGCGAAUCAGACGAUAUGGAAGAGUACUACGAUGCCCAAAACAUAUUUGACAAGCGUGUGCGCUCCAUUGAAGAAGCCGCCACACGAGGCAACCAGAGCGCAGAACAAGCAUCUCGCGAGCGGGCAUCAGUACAACAGGAGAGGCAAAGGCUCAAAGAAAAGUUCGAUGUAAAGCAGUCCAAACGCACUGUCAUGCGUAAUCUGAAGAAACGUGGUCGCGAGCUAAAGAAGCAGCACCGACAGCGAAAGAAACAACUACGUGCUUCUUCUGACGAUGGCAAGGGCAAGGGCAAAGCAAAGAAGAGCAAGGAGUGGAAAGUGGAAAAGCGAAGCUAUAAAGAGAAGAGAAAAGAACUGAGAAGAGAGAAACUGGCUGCGAAGAAGGAAUGGCGCAAGGCGAGACAAGAAUGGCGUGAGGCGAGAAGUGAAAGUCGCAAGAUGAGACGAGGAGUAACGGAUGGUGAUGGCAAUAGGGAUAUUGGCCAGGAUAAAUUGGUUUGGUUGGUGAUUGAGAACUUGGGGCCUUGA